UGCAUUGCCGUGGCGGCGGCUGCGCUGCGCCUCCGUGUUCCUCGAGACCGGCCGAACCCGCGCCGGAUUUGGGCAGGUUUUACUAGGGUUUUUGCCGAUCCGCUUCCCUUCCGCCGCGCCACCCUCUACUCUACCCUACUCCUCCCGCUUCCUCCGCGCCUACCUGCGUGCUCGCGAGGCCGCCCGCCAUGAGGGACCUCCAGCUCUCGCUGAACCAGACCCAGAGGGUGCGCCUCGAGGCCGCGCUCCACGAGCUCCAGACCGUCGCCCCCGCCGCCGCCGUCACCGUCGCGGACACCAUCCCCGUCAACGACGAGGACAACAUUCUCAAGGGGCAUGGGACGUCGGAUCAGGACGGGGAGGUGGUGGCGACGCUGUGCGGCGUGGUGGAGCGGGUCAACAAGCUGGUGUACGUGCGGACGCUUAGGGCGAGGUAUAAGCCGGAGGUUGGUGAUAUCAUAGUUGGCCGUGUUAUUGAGAUUGCACCUAAACGCUGGAGGUUGGAGAUAAAUUUUAGCCAAGAUGCUGUUUUGAUGCUUUCUUCUAUGAAUUUACCCGAUGGAAUUCAGAGAAGGAGAACUGCUGUCGAUGAACUUAAUAUGCGGACAAUUUUUGAAGAAAAUGAUGUUAUCUGUGCUGAAGUUCGUGGUUUCCAACAUGAUGGAUCUCUGCACCUACAAGCACGGAGUCAAAAGUAUGGAAAGCUUGAGAGGGGUCAACUGCUUGUAGUACCUGCAUACUUGGUAAAACGACGGAAGCAGCAUUUCCACCACCUCGAGCAAUAUGAUGUUGACUUGAUUCUUGGUUGCAAUGGAUUCAUCUGGGUAGGUGAGCAUGUUGUGGUAGGUGAAAACGCUAAUAUGAUGGAAAAUAAGCUGAAUUUGAGUGCUGAAGUGGAGAAUUUCACUCCACUAGAAACAAGGAAACAUAUUUGCCGGCUUGCCAAUGCUGUACGUGUGCUUUCAGCUCUGGGUUUCACUUUGACAGUUGAACUGAUAAUUGAGACUGCUGAAGCAAGUGUAUCAUCAAAUAUCGAGAUAAACAACAUGCUUGGGGCUGAAUUUUAUGUCCAGACAGCAGAGAGAGAGGUAAAACGUCGAGCUGAUCUGUUGCGAAAGAAAAGUGGAGCAAGAUAAAAUCUGCUGAUCCUAUGUAAAGAUGCCUAAACGUGUACAAGAAGAAAGCCUGAUAAGUGCCAUCGUACUCUGCCAUAGAGAUCCAACUGUUUUCAGAUCUACGGUGCUUGCAUUUGAUGAUAGUGCUAGAAAUGGCAAAAUGCUGGGCUUGCAGUGCUGGAGGGGCCUCAUCUAUGUUAAAUCACAUAACUAUUGAUGUACGUUUGACGCUUUUUUUUUUGAAUUGUAUUACUGCAUACUCCCUUUCUUGAAAAUUCUAGUAAUCUAUAUCCUGAGAUUUUGAUGGUGUCAAAA